CUUCCGCCCAGCAGCAGCGCUAACUUCAGUCCUCCACACAGGCACCAUCAAACUAAACUCUGCAGCUGUGCCGCUGUCGUUCUACAAGUUCGUGCAGGAUAAAAUCUCUUGAGUAAAGUAACGUUUGGAGCCUGUCAUCUGCUGAGUUUACCUUAAAGAGCUUAUCUUAUCGAUUUGAUCUUAGAUUAGCUAACUGCUUUUUAGUUAGCAUGCUGCUGCCUCAACACACCAGACAGAUCCUCUUGGCUUAAAUUUGAUUUAGUCAUGACUGAAUUAAGAUGCCGGAAAUCAGAAACUUUGGAAGGAGAUAAUAAAGAGGAAGAGAAACAAAAGGAGUCGGAGCUGGAGAUCAAACCACCAGAUGUUGAAGAGGUGAGUGGGUCCAGCGCUGCAGCGGCUGAUGGCUCGCAGCAGAAAGAUGAAGGUGAAGUUAAAGGCGGUCAGCAUGAACAGGAAGAAUCAAGCAGAGCCCAGUCAUGUGUCAAAGCCAAGGGCUUAUCUGCAUCUGUUUUCUUACAGCGGCUAGUCCGGGUGUUCUUUGGAUGUCUGGCAUCUAUUGCCUGUGGCAUGCUAUAUGCAGUGUAUCUGUCCACAUAUCAUGACAGGAAGUUCUGGUUUUCAACUCGACAGGAGCUGGAGCGUGAAAUCACUUUCCAGGGAGGCAGUGGAGUCUAUUAUUACUACUACAAGCGUUUGAUCGCAGCACCAUCCUUUGAGCGAGGGUUUUAUGAGCUGGUGGUAGAUAACAGGACUGUUUCAGGUCAGACCAUUAACGCAGUCGAGCGUUUGUCUCUUUAUCCGGAGCUCAUCACAAGCUUCAUAUACAGAGUCACAGGCAGCCAGGAUUUUGUGGAACCGAUUUACUUCUACAUUGGAGCAGUUUUGGGCCUGCAGGCGGUCUACGUCACUGCCCUCUUUGUGUGCAGCUGGGUGAUGAGUGGCACCUGGGUGGCUGGCAUGUUGGCCGUGGCCUGGUAUGUGAUCAACAGAGCAGAUACAACCAAAGUAGAUCAUGCUAUUCCUCUGCGGGACAACUGGGCUCUGCCUUACUUCUCCUGGCAGGUCACAGCUUUGACUGGAUUCCUGAGAAACAAAAUCGGCUCUUCAACUGAGAUGUUCUGCUAUCUUACUAUGAGUGCCACCACCUUCACCUUCCUCCUGGUCUGGGAACACAGUCACUACGUGCUCUUCAUCCAAGGCUUCUGUCUUUUUCUACUUGAUUCUUUUGACCUGGUGCCACCGCGUAAGAUGGCUGACAUCCACAAGGUGUACCUCAGCUCCUUGUUCCUGGCCUACAUGUUCCAGUUUCAGAACACAGCCCUGCUCAGCUCGCCUCUGCUCAGCCUCCUCAUUGGCUCGGUUCUUGCGAGGUACUUCCAGCAAAGGAUGAAGGUGGGUCCUCUUGUGGCAAGAGUGAUGAAGCUCUUCCUACAUUUUUACCUGGUCUUCACCUCUGGGAUCACCUACAGUUAUUUGGUCAAGAAACUAAUUGCUGCAAAUGAGAGUGACUUCAUAUUGAAGUUCCUUGAAGUAAAAUUUGGACUCAACACAACAACCGACUUUGUCCCCAACUUCCUCUUGUGCCAGGAGAGUUUCCAAACGCCCAGUCAGGACUUAUUUCUACGUCUGACGCAGGCCUCGGUCCUCCCCUUCUACUUCCUCGUGCUCACCGUCUGCCUGCUUUCAGCCUUACAGGCAAUCUACAGAAGGCUCAGCGGUCAGCCAUUGUGCAAAACCUAUAGCCUUGAAAAUGGAGGAAUAGGAGAGCACCCAGAGGUCGUCUAUCAUGUUUUCCACACCAUGCUGUUUGGGGGUCUCGCUCUGCUCUUCGAUGGGUACGUUGGGAUGAAGUAUUUAUGGACACCAUACGUCUGCAUGUUUACAGCAUUUGGGGUUUGUUCUCCUGACCUCUGGAUGACAGUGUUUAAGUGGCUCAAACUGAAGUCCAUCCACCCUGUAGUAUUGUCCUUGAUUCUGAGCACAGCUGUUCCCACAAUCAUUUGCUUCAGUUUGUGGAGAGAGUUCUCCCCUCGUGUCUUAGCAGAGUUAUCAGAACUGCAGGAGUUCUACGAUACAGACACAGUGGAGCUGAUGAGCUGGAUCAAGUCACAGGCUCCGGUGGCAGCUGUGUUCGCAGGCAGUCCACAGCUGCUGGGAGCAGUGAAGUUGUGUUCGGGUUCAGCUGUAACUAGUUUACCUCUUUAUUCAGACAUCAACCUGCUGAAGAGGACUGAAGAUACAUACCAGGUGUACGCAAUGAGAUCUGCAGAGGACAUCUACAAGCUUCUGACCGCCCAAAAAACGAACUAUGUGAUCAUUGAAGAGUCGAUUUGUAAUGAGCUCACUCUUAAUAAGGGCUGUAGGAUCAAAGACCUGCUCGACAUCUCCAACGGACAUAUCGUCUAUGACAAAGGCGAGAUAUACUCCUUCUCCAAAUAUGGACGAUUCUGCCACGAGAUAAAGAUGAACUACUCGCCCUACACAAACUACUUCACACGAGUUUUCUGGAACCGCUCGUACCACGUCUACAAAGUGAACUCUGUCAUCUCCUUUCAGUAUUGAUGGCUGAGCGCGGCUCCGCCCCUCAUCCGAUGUUCCUGAUCGUAUCCACAGAUCAGCACACCGGGGCGAGAAAACUCUGAUUAUCAUGGUGUCAGUGGGGAAGCUGCACAUUCAAACAGUGAGGCUCAGCUGAGCACACUGCACCGGCCAAACAACAUGUAUGGACGGCCAUAUUAUUAAUCACUGUACUGUAGUUUUAUAAGCCACGUGUUACUGUUAAUGUUACUAUGAAUGGUUUUAAUGAAGCUGUGAGUCGCAGAGAUCAGUGUAGGCUGAGAAGGGGAAAGUGUUUGCCAUGAAAUGAAGCAGCCAGAGGUUUAAUCCUGUUCACUGAUUGGCCCUUUUGUGCUGACAGUGAUUGGCUAGGAUGCAUAAUUAUGUUCCUUUCCUUUAUUUUCAAUCACUUUUAUCAAGUUUAUUUUUUUAAACACCUGCAAAACUGUAGACCUUUGAAUCAACAUCAGUUAGGCUGCUGAUUAAAAAAUUAUGGCAUUAGCAUUUAGCUCAAACCAGAGCUCCGCAGACACUCCAGUGUGGCUCUUGACCCUUUUUUUGGGGGGGGGGGGCUUUAAACUCCUUUUCUUGGGGAUAAAUCUUUAUGUAUUUAAUUUGAUUUUUGUCUUAAAUGUUUUGCUUUUCUGUUCUGUUCAUGUGUUAUAAUCACAGCUACUGUUGUCUACUUAAAGAGAAAUGGGUGUCUUCUGUCUAAAUUAUGAAUUUCAUGUAUUAUACUAGCAUAGUUUGAUCAUUUUUGUCUUGAUUUAAAGGAAAUAAUUAGACUGUUGAAUCACUGAGCUAAUAAUCAUAAUCAGCAAUCAAGUAUUUCAAAAUAAACGUGCUUUAUAACAGGAUAACACAUAAGAUAAGUCAGAACAGUUUAUUGCUAGAUAAUGUAAUGUAAGGUUACCAAAAAAACCAAAUAGUGACAAGCAUACAUGCUCUUGCUUUCUGUCACGCUCUGCCUUUGUUUGCUCAUGAAAUACUCAUGCAGUCCAUGUGUACGCGCUGUUCUUUGAAGGGUUGUUGCUGCUUUGGUCGGCUUUCGUGGGAAAGGCGUCUCUCUGUACUGUUUGCUGUUUAUUGUGUGCUCUGAUCUGUUAAAGGGAAGUGGAAGGAGACUGUGCAGAAGAGUGUUAUCAGUUUUUAUUUGUUACUGCUGCCUGAAAUCUACUGAAAAUAACUGAUAUCUGAAGUAGGCAUUGCUUUACACACACAUUUAUAUGUCUGAACUCACUGGUUGCUCUUAUUGUGCUCUGCUUUAUUUUAUUUCUUUGACAUGAGAUGGUUGUAUUCAUGGUCUAUAUAAAAAGAGUUGACUGAACUAUCCAGGACUUGCACAAUCUUCUAAACUGAGCUCUUUCAGCAUUUUAAGGUGGUGGAGGCUGGUUCUGGAUGCCUUAUGUAAAGACAUGGCUGCUCCUAUGUCUGUAUUCAUCACUUCCAGGCACGACUGAUCAUUUCCUAUCUCCGAGCUGUUACUUUAGGGUUUUGGUGGUGAAUUCCUCUUGGUGCUGUCAUACAGAUAACAAGGUGGUGAGUGUGUGAGGUGAAUAAAUAUAACA